GUCGUGUAGGAAUUUUAUAAAAUCAUUUACUUGCUACUUUCUCUUAGAGGGGAUUUCUUUUACUCGCGGGCGAUUUUAACCUCAAAUGCCCUAGUGGGAAGUUAUCGACGUUUGUACGUUUAUGAAAACUUCGGCAAAGGAGGACAUUUCGUUGGAUUUAAUUAAACAAUGAGAACGGGGAGCACACACCUCCCUUGCUGGCAAAGUUGGGUAGGUUUUUGUACUUAUUGAGGUUAGGAAGCUUUGUUGAAAUAUUACGAGAUGGCUUUGUUUGAGGGCCUGAGGAAGGAAUACAGUGAGGUAUUGCAAAAGCAUUUUAAGGCGUCGGACGUGUCAGCGUUCCAGAAAAAGUGUUUAGAUCUAAACGUCAGCGACGUGGACAGACGGGCCAUCGUAGACCAAGCUCUGCGUGACACGCUCCUGGUGAUCCUGGCCAAUCAUGCGACCGGUAAUGUCCAGGUCUUUGAAUCGUAUAUCACAUUUUGUAUUGAACUCUGCCGACGAGACUUGUCGACAACGAGUAUGCCUGUAAUGUUACUCGGGGAUAUAUUCGACGCAAUGACGCUGGAUUGCUGUGAGCAGCUGUUUACAUUCGUGGAGAAUAAUGUCGUAGUGUGGAAAGAAGACAUGUUCUUCAGUGCGUGCAAGAAUAAUCUACUGAGAAUGUGCAACGAUCUGUUGAGGAGACUCUCGCGUUCCCAGCAGACUGUGUUCUGCGGAAGGAUUUUAUUGUUCCUCGCCAAGUUUUUCCCAUUUUCUGAGCGAUCUGGCUUGAAUAUCGUCAGCGAAUUUAACUUGGAGAAUCACACGGAGUUUGGCACGGAAAAUUCCGAAGACGAGCCUAUGGAACAGGCUACCGAAGAGGGUGACAAGACGGAAAGCAAGCUGCCUAUCGAUUAUAACCUAUAUAGGAAGUUCUGGGCACUUCAAGAUUUCUUUAGAAACCCUAAUCAGUGCUACAACAAAAUGCACUGGAAGAUAUUUUCAGCGCAUGCUUCUAACGUCUUGUCAGCGUUCUCAUCCUUUAAAUUAGAGGAGCAACGCAGUGGACCACCUGCAACUAUUAAAUCCGAUGGCGAAGGAUCGCACAAAGAAACACAUUACUUCGCCAAGUAUCUAACGAAUCAGAAACUCUUAGAGCUGCAGCUCUCGGAUUCAAAUUUUAGACGCUACGUCUUGCUGCAGUUCCUAAUUUUGUUCCAGUAUUUGAAUAGCACGGUCAAGUUUAAAGCAGAGACUCAUGAGCUAAAGCCUGACCAAGUAGAGUGGGUUAAAAGUACCACUGAUCAGAUCUACGCCCUGCUUGCUGAAACGCCUCCGGAUGGGUCUUCGUUUGCCGAGACAGUGAAAAAUAUCUUAAGAAGAGAAGAACACUGGAACGCCUGGAAAAAUGAGGGCUGUCCACCAUUUAAAAAACCUCAACUCGAGUCUGGUAACGAAGGCGACGAGCCAAGAAAACCUAAGAGACCCAGGCGAAGGAUCGGAGAUGUCAUCAAGGAUGCGCAGGCUGUUGGCAAAUACCACAUGGGGAAUCCUGAAUUAACAAAGUUAUGGAACCUCUGCCCGAACAACCUCGAAGCUUGUAAGUCCAAAGAGCGAGACUUCUUGCCAUCGUUGGAGACCUACUUCGAAGAAGCCAUCGCAGAGCUAGAUCCAUCCGCAAUGGUCGAGGACGAGUAUAAAAAAAUAAACGACGGCAACUUCGGCUGGCGAGCUUUACGACUGCUCGUUCGCCGCAGUCCACACUUUUUCGUCCAUGGGAAUUAUUCAAUCAACAAACUGCCGGAGUACUUGGAAUCCAUGAUCAAGAAAAUUGCCAAAGACCGACCGCAAACGCAGUCAGACAUGCAAAAGGACUCCGAGGAGACACUUCCACCUGAUGUUAACGAUCAGGAGUACAACGAAGACAUGCUUAAGCAGGAAACGGAACAGACUGACACCGAGAGCUCUGAAACGAAGAACACGAAGUUCAACAAAGUCAAUUCUGAGAUGGUAGCGAAGCUGUCGGAGGCCCUUAAGGAUGACUGGAAAAAGCUGGCAGCCAAGCUCGGCUACACCAACGACGAGAUUAUCUUCUUCCAAAGUAAACCGACGCCGUUUGAACAAUGUAAGACCAUGUUAGAGAUCUGGGCCGAGGAGGACGAAGACGCGUCCAUGGAGAACUUGGCCUAUAUUCUCGAGGGCUUAAAUUGUACCAAUGCCCUCGCGGUCUUGAAGUCCUGAGUUUUGCCAGGAACAAAAGUUCCUGCGGGACGUUACGGAGAAGCAUCCUAAGAAGUCGUCUCUGUGAUCCGCGCCUACGUCUCUACGUGUCGAUGUGCAUCGGUAUUAUCGCCAGUCAGUACGAAUGAUCGAUAAUGUCAUCGCUCGAUAGAAAAACCCGUAGGGUGCCUCGAUGUUAAACGACGUGUCUCGAGUUCCUCAGUCUUUCCGGGAGAUACGAAACCGGGGAGUCCUCGCAUCGAGCCCCAGGAGUCGAAGAAAGCGUCUGUCCUUCCCAGAGAGGGCCGCUCCGGGACGAGUCGGCGCGUCCUACCGCGAAAACCCGAACUCACGGCCAAACCGUCCGUCGUAUCGAAAAACGCCUCGGACGAGAUCUCUUCCCGACACUAUCCCGGACAACUGUCUCGGGAAGCAUUUCCCCCCAGCUCCGUCGGUUGAUCCGGAAAACCAGGGGUUAAGCCGCGACAAUCGACGCGCCUCCCUCGCCGAUACGUGCUCGAUGGACCUCCCGAAUUUUGCUUUAUCUUGUUCGGUAAUUUUUUCGCUUUCUCUCGGUUUUAUCAAUUCAACCCGGGUUUCUGGGGGGGUCCGGGCUUUGUAGACGAGGGUGGAGGCGCCUCGAUUU